UAUGGCAAACAAUUGUCCUCCAUAGACUACGCAAUCCAAGCAAAUGAUAUAGGAUAAGGGUGGCAAGCCAUCCAUAUAUUCAUCAUCCAAUAAGGACCAUCCAUGUGUCAUGAAUCAUCUUUGAAGGCAAACCCACAAAUUUCUGAAGUAAAUGGUCAUAAUAAGUUAUAUUCAAAACUGAAGAAAUUGGGGACAAUAAGCAUCGACCAUGGCUAGCCUCCAGCUCAAGACUGGCUUGACUUCCUCAUUGACCACCACAAGGCCGGUUGCACCCAAAGGCCUUUCUGGUUCACCUCUUAGGCUCUUCCCUUCUUCCCAGAGGUCUUCCUCCACUAUCAAGGCAGUAAAAACCGACAAGCCUACAUUCCAAGUCGUCCAACCCAUCAAUGGUGACCCGUUCAUUGGAAGUCUCGAGACUCCAGUGACAUCGAGCCCACUAAUUGCGUGGUACCUUUCAAAUCUUCCUGGAUACCGGACCGCUGUGAACCCAUUGCUUCGAGGCAUUGAGGUCGGGCUAGCCCAUGGAUUCUUCCUAGUGGGCCCAUUUGUGAAAGCAGGCCCAUUAAGGAACACAGAGUAUGCAGGUGCAGCAGGAUCACUAGCCGCGGGUGGGCUUGUGGUGAUCCUUAGCAUUUGCUUGACUAUGUAUGGAAUUGCAUCAUUCAAAGAAGGUGAACCGUCGAUUGCACCAUCAUUGACUUUGACCGGGAGGAAGAAACAACCUGACCAACUCCAAACAGCCGAUGGUUGGGCUAAGUUCACUGGUGGGUUCUUUUUUGGUGGGAUCUCCGGUGUCACUUGGGCUUUUUUCCUUCUUUAUGUUCUUGACCUUCCUUACUAUGUUAAAUAGGUGAAAUCCUAUUUGGGCUUUUUCAAAUACCUAUUGAUACAUGAAUACAUGAUCGCUCAAAUUAUGAUACACUUUGCUUGUGCUUAUGGAAGAUUGUUAUAACUUUAUGGUUUAAUUAUUAUAAAAGCAAACAAACUGAUAAUAAAUUAUGUCUUAGUGAUAUGAUUUUCAAAAAGAAAUUCAAAAUAUAUUGAGCAGAUUCUUAUAUACUUGGAACCAUGCUAAAACGAACUACAAAUUAUCGUCCAACGCGUUAUGUUUUUGUUCAAAAUUGACCUUCAUUUAUUUAGUGUCUAGUUGAAACUUGAAAUGGAAAAAAAAUGUUUAUGGCUUUAUGUUGUUCUCUGUAAUACAUUGGUUUUGGUAUAUUUAAUGUCCAAAACGGUCAUCAUACAAAUGAUAAAUUAAUCCCUAAAAUAUUGAAUGGUGGUUUAAAUGGUGAUGUGAACUCAACCCACAUAAGAAGAAGAAACAUGAAAAGAGAGUUGGUUUAUGUAUGGAG